AUGAUUCAUAAACGCCCAUAUUUCUUCCUCCAUGCAUUCCGUUUCUCCCGUCGCAUUGCCUUUGCUUUCGCCGCGCAGGUUCCGUACGAGUGUUUACAGCCGGGCCGCGUGUACAGGCAGCGGUCGUUCGUGCAGCACCCGUGGGUGUUUCGCGACAUGGCGACGAACGAGCCAUUCGUCGUCGGCAAGAGAGCUGAUUCGUCACGGAGCGAGAUGAUUAUCAAGCGCCCAGAGCUGCUUCCGUGGACAACGGCAUCGCACUACCGGUUCCCGAUUGAAUUCAGAGGGUUCGUGGCUAAGUUGCUCCUCUGCUGCAACAGAUUAACGAAGCAGCAGCACGCGCAGGGUCUGCCUGUCAGGCACAAACGGGCUCAAGCUUCUCCCCUACUGGGAGUGCUCCUUGCGGGAUUGCCAUCGGAUGUGCUGCUUGUGAUUAUAGCGAAAACUGCGCCAGACCAACCAGACAUCGAGGGCGUGUGGUGCUACUAG